AUGGGUAUACAGCCAAAUACUUUAUCACCUAUAUCCAAUACCAACGUACUAUUCGCCUACGCGAACGGAACAAAACAAAUACCUGAUCCGAGUAAUCCGAUUCAAAAAGAUACUUGGGCUGGGAUCGCGGACGAAAAAGGAAACUUAAUAAAAAGCGUGUUGUUGAUGGAGAAUAAUCAAUUUACUAGCGUUGAAGGAUUUGGAGUUAAUAAUACGGCACAUCAAUUGGUAGCAAAUGGAGAUAACUUUAUUUAUGUGAGUAGUAACACUUAUAAUAUUACCACAAAAGAAGGCUGCGUACGUUCUUAUAAUGCUCAAGCCGUAAUGAAUGGUGGUUUCCUGAUAGCAUGGUCCGUAACCACGACACCUUCAAAUUUUACUGACCCGACAUCACCGCCACAAACUCAAAGCCAAGUAUACGCUGUAUUCAUUAAACCGAACAGCGCAGAAGUUAAGACAUCACCAUUUGUUAUAUUUUCAGGAACCACUGCUACAGAAAUUAAGAUAUUGGCAUGUGCGGGAUCAAGUAUUGGGCAAGGAUUUAAUUGUUUCUUGCAAUUAAUGAUGAAUGAUUCAGCUAAUGGAAUUCAGCCCUACCAACUAUCUAGUGAUCCUAAUUCUUCUACUACUUUGUAUAUGAAUUUGAUUUCUAGUACUCUAAAUUGUCCGGAAACCGAAUAUUACGUUACUGUGGAUAAUGGAGUGGUGCAAAAUGCGGAUUUAGCAGAACCUUUGCCCGGAGUUAAACCUAACGUUUGGAAUUUUGUUACAGUUCACGCAGAAAUCUCAAACUUCCUUCCCGUAAAUAUUGAACGUCUCUCGACACCAUACAAUGCAUGGUAUUUCGAUAUGGGUGACGACCAUGAUUACAUUUUAUUACCUUUGCAAAUUUCCCCCGGAGAUUAUUCAUCUAUCUCAAGUUUAAGACUAUCAUCCGAUCUCGGAGAUUUAAUAAAAAAUUCUCCAAACACGAAUAUAGCGAAUGGAACUAUUACGUCAUUAUUGGAUUCUAACUAUGGUGCUCCAAUACAAGCAGACUUUUGGUCAGCAAAUAAAAUAGUGUUAAUAGUAGCCGCUGUUAUAUUGAUUGUGGUAAUAUUAUUAUAUGCUGCGGCCGAGUAUAGGGAUUCUCAUGCUAGGAAUACUGCUGUACCACAAUUUGCUUUGGUUUUAGCUGAUUUUUCUGUUGUAGGAAAGAUGUAUUUGGGUAUCGCAAAAUGGCGUCAAUCUAAACGUCAAUAUGAACCUCCAAAAGGUGGUGAAGAUGCUUGGAGAGAAUUGAUGAGUGAGGUUGAGCGAUUAGCUAAAGAUCAUUUAGAAGAGUCAAAAGCUUCUAUCGCUGCUGCUAAGCUAGCUGCUAAGAAAAAAUCCAUGAAAAAAGAUGGUGGCGCGAGGGAGUCUUCAAGGGGUGGUCAAAGUAAAAAUCAGAAUAAAAGUGGAGAGAACUUGGGAGAAGCUGGAUACGAGGGGGAUAGAGAUGAAGGAGGGAGAAUUGGAUACAGACAAGGAAGAGGUUAUAGAAGUGUGAGCGUGAGUCCUACAUAUACUCCGACUGGACAUCUUAGUCCAGGAAGAGUGAGAAGUGACAGAAGUGGAGAUGUUAGCGAAAGUGAAAGAAAUG